AUGUGCUUAGUAGCCGCUUUUGGUUUGUUUGUUGUUCUCGUUGUGGAAACUUCACAUCUUUUAAAGCUCUACGUUCGAUUUGUUUAUGCUCUUAUAAUACUCAGAUCUUUGAGUUGGCUCUAUACCGUUAUUGUCUUUGCUUCAUUUAAAAAUGAUUUUAUGAACUUUUGUAAAGCAUCGUACAACCAGAGUAAUGCCGAUGAAAACCAGAUUACUCGCGCUUGUAAUAUUGCAUAUAUUGGCUGGUUUUUAUCAACCAUCUUUAUAGGCGUUUUUCUCAUUAUUAUUACGAUUUAUUUUGCAAUGGUCAUUAAUGCUUAUGCGGAAAAGUGUAAGGCUAAAGAAGACGGUUAUUACAUUUCACCUGAUGUUAUUGAAACGCCUGGAUCCAACCUUAAUAGUUAA